GGAGAAGUUGCCCACGGCUCUUACGGAGAGGAAGCUUUCAUUUGAUAUUUCACCGCCGCUUAAAAAAAUAUCUAUAUAAAUAUGUAAAUAAUAUAUUUUUAUCUCCUUACCACAUACAGUUUGUUUUACUUUGAGUUGUUUCUUUCUUUUUCUUUGGCUCUCAGUGCGUCUACAGGCGCUGACUGCGUCACAUUUGCACUCGUGUUCCUCGCAGUUUGUGAAGUGGAUAAAAAAAAACAUGAACGAUCAGAGAACAGCUUUAAAAACAAUCCUUCGGGUGACGUGUCAAUUCCUGUGGAUACUGGGUGUGAUGGUUGGCCUGUGUGGACGCUACCUGCUGAUGACGAUCAGAGAGAGCAUCUUAUUUUAUUCUCACAGCUACAUCACCCUGAUAGCCAUCGUCGCUUUUGUCAGUGCUGCCUUUCUGGUGGUCAGCGGGUGCCUCGGUUCCUACUUGAGCUGUAGGGAUUCAGUCUUCCUUCAGGGACUGUUUGUUUAUUUGUUAGUUGUGAUCUUUUGUCUGGAAAGCACGACUUCAGCGUUGGCUUAUUACCACUCCAUUAAGCUUGAUUCAGAGAUGGCACCUCUUAGUACUGCGUUUUAUGAAUACACAGGAAACAGCACGGACUCCAGGUCUCGAGCUGUGGAUGCUACACAAGAAAAGUUCAAGUGCUGUGGUGUACAUGACUACAAGGACUGGUUGACAACCCCCUGGUUUAACCUUACUGGAAGACACGCUGUCCCCCGCAGCUGCUGCAACACCACGUUCCCCUAUUGUCCUGGCAAUUUGCCACGGACGCUUUAUCCAGAGGGCUGCCAGGUGAAGCUUGAGAAGGCCUUACAGUCUGUGCUGAAUGCAAUCAUUUGGGGAUGCCCAUUAGUAUUUAUGACUGAGUUAUUUGUGCUGUUAACAGUGUUCCAGCUGAUGAAGAACCGAGUCUUUAUGGAUUAUCAAAGACUGGACAAACACUAAAGACAAUGUUGACAGACAGGACAGACUGGUAGAUACAGUAAUACUGCAGCAAUAUUGUAAUGUCAAUACAUGAACCAAAUAAUCAUUAUAAUUGCCCUUAGGACAGUUGCAUAGUUUCAUUUAGUUGUGUGAGUUAAAACAGGAGCCCUGCAAUGAACCGGAACACAACCAGGGUUUACCAGCCUUUGGACAUAGGCAGCCAUAAUAGGCUCUGGCGGAUGGAUGGAUGGAGUUAAGAGUUUCCCUCCAGAGCACUACAUCUAAUAAAGUGUAUAAUGCAGUUGUAUUGUUAUUGUUUUUGAGAUCUACUGAAAUUAAAUUAUUUUUUUUUCUUUAACCAAAUUUUGAAUUUUACCAGAUUUUGCACUUUGUGGCGCAAUAUGUGAAAUAUGACACAAACCUUAGUUUUACAUCCUCUGAGUGUGAAUUGUUGGUACUGCCAUCUGCUGUAUCUUUAAUAAUACUGAAUAGAAAACCUGGGCCCAUAUACCUGACUUUUUUUUUUCACUCAAGACUACAAAAUCAUCUUAAACUCACUUUGUUUUAAGGUUAGUGGAGCUUUAUUCUAUCACAUUUCCUUUAAGUCAAGUAAUUUGCUUUGUAUUUUUAUGUUUGAAUGAUCUCAGUUAUUCUUACAGUUAUUGAAUUACAUUUGCACAUUUUUAUUGUGUUUAUUUUAUUCCUCUACUGAUCACUCUUUCAAGUCACUGUAUUUUGAGUAGAAUGUACAAGACAAGUUCUGUGAUAUGAUGGAUUGUGUGUGUGUGUGUGUGAUUACACCUUGCGUUACACUCUUAGUGUAACGUAAUUAUCAAGUCUUACUGUGUUAUCAUUGUAUACACAACCCUUUUUUACUCUAUGUAUCAUUUUUACUUGUCUGUAUUUGGGAUUGCUAAAAGAACAAAUGAUAAUGACAGUACAAUAAACCAUUAGAUUCCA